AUGCUUUCUCUUCUUACCCUUCUUUCCAUCGCUUGCACUUUUGUCCACGGCUUGUAUAUUCCCGACAACCAGGGACACGGAGCUUCCAAACAAAGUGAUGCCUCAAACAAAGACUCUGGCGUGGAGGCCACAGCAGUUUCUUUGAAUUUUGCCGUCACCAAGAGGCACCGUGAAGCAAGUGACUUCUGGCCCAGAAUGGUGGAGGGCAUCGAAAAACGCCAUUUCAAAAGAGACAAGGAGGUGGCCUUGACAAAUUACCAAGACGUCAUCUACCACAUUGACGUGAAUGUGGGCAACUCCAAGUGUACGGUUUCCUUGGACACCGGGUCGUCAGACUUGUGGGUGUGGGGCUCGCAGGGCAAAGGUGAAGGUGGUCAGUACGACACAUCCUCGGGAAAGAACACCGGUCAGAAAUUCGAGAUCUCGUAUUUGGACUCCACAGCUGCCUCGGGUAAUUAUUAUACGGACAGCUUUGGCUUUGACGGAGAGACCUUGUUAAAGGAUUUCCAGUUUGGGGUGGUGACCGAUUCCAACGACGACAGUUUUGGUAUUUUGGGCAUCGGCAACAAGGACCAGGAGGCAUCCACCAAGAACGGCGGAUCAACCUACGACAAUUUGCCUUUCGCUUUGAAGAGCGCCGGCGUCAUCAAGAGUGCAGCUUACUCCUUGUGGUUGAACGGCGGAGGCCAGAACAAAGGCACUAUUUUGUUUGGCGGCAAGGAUGAAUCAAAGUAUUCCGGAGACUUGGUCACGUACCCAGUGGACAGCAGCACUUCUGGUUUGGCCAUUCAGAUGAGCUCCAUGAGCAUUGACGGUAAGUCCUUCAACGUCGGUGCACCAGUGCUUUUGGACUCAGGUACCACGGGUGGUAUCCUUCCAAAGGAGAUUAUGGACUAUUUCGAUGAGAUUUUCCACCCAAACAAGGUGACGCCUUCUAACGGUCUUGUUGAGCGUUACGUGGACUGCAAGCAGCCCACUGACAAGUUCAUCGAGUUUGAUUUUGGCAAGAACAAGAUUCGGGCAUCGUACCAAGAUGUUGUGAUGAAGUUUGCCGAGAACAAGUGCAUGUUGGGCUUCACUGAUUACCAGGACCGCUACAUUUUGGGUGACGCUUUCUUGAGAAACGCCUACGUCUACUAUGAUCUCGACAAGCAGGAGAUCUCUCUCGCGCAGUCAAAGAACAGCGGCUCGAGCAACGAUCCUGCUCCAUCUCCAGGAUCCAACUCCACCAGCUCCAUCCAGAGCGCAGCACCAACUUCGCUUACUUCUCCCACUGCAAACGGCACCUCCACGGCCCCUCCAACGGGCUCUUUCAACGGUGCAUCCACCGCCACUGAGCCAGCUCCCUCUGAGUGGGAGUACCCUGGGGCCAACCCAACAAAUGGUCAAGCCUUCCCAGCACCUACUGGAGGUGAAAGUCCCGACAAUGGCUUCCCCAGCAUUGACUGGCAGAACUUGGAUUUCCCUGCUGAGAGCAUGUUCACUGCCCAAACAGGCUCCGUAGCCCAAGCAGUGGCUACUGCAUUCGCUGGCGGAAACAAAGCAGCAGCCCAUCACGUUGCUGAUACGCAUGCUCUUGUUGAUACCCAUGCCAAGGUCCACGUUGUGAACUAG